AUGGAUAUUAAAGUAUCAAAGCCUAAAUUCUAUGCAGAUGCUAAUAUAAGAAAAGGUUCAAAUUUUUACGAUUAUGAAAACAUUGAUAUAAAUUGGGGGUAUAUAAAUAAUUAUUUUAUAAAAAUAAGGUAAUAAAAAAAUAUAAAUAGUGAACAAAAUAAUUAUGAAAUAAUAAGAAAGCUUGGAAGAGGUAAAUAUUCAGAAGUAUAUGAAGCUAUAAAUACUUUAAUUAAUAAACAAUGUGUAAUAAAAGUAUUAAAACCAAGAGGAAAUAUAAAUGUUAUUAGUCUUUAAGAUAUAGUAAGGGACCCAGCAUCUAAAACAACAAGCUUAGUAUUCGAAUAUAUAAAUAAUAUUGAUUAUAGAACACUUUAUCCAACUUUAUCUGAUAUGGAUGUUAGAUAUUAUACAUAUUAAAUUUUAAAAUGUUUAGAUUAUGCACAUAGUUAAGGAAUAAUGCACAGAGAUAUUAAACCUCAUAAUAUAAUGAUAGAUCAUGAAAAAAGACUAUUAAGAAUUAUAGAUUGGGGUUUAGCAGAAUAUUAUUUUCCAGGAAAAGAUUAUAAUGUAAGAGUAUCUUCAAGAUAUUUUAAAGGGCCUGAAUUACUUGUAGAUUAUUAAUAUUAUGAUUAUAGUUUGGAUAUAUGGAGUCUAGGGGCUAUGUUCGCAGGAAUAAUAUUCAAAAAAGAACCAUUUUUCUAAGGAAAUGAUAAUUAUGAUCAAUUAGAAAAAAUAACAAGAGUAUUGGGUACUAAUGAACUUUUCGAAUAUUUGUCUAUUUAUAAAUUAACUUUAGAUAAAAAAUAUGAAGGAAUAUUAGGAAAAAACCCUAAAAAACAAUUGAAUAAAUUCGUUAAUAAUGAAAAUAAAAAUUUAUCUAAUAAUGAAGCAAUAGAUUUAUUAUCAAAAAUGCUUUUAUAUAAUCAUGCUGAAAGAAUAACUGCUAAAGAAGCCAUGUUACAUCCUUACUUUUAACCUAUUUUAUCCAUUAAUGAUAAUUGA